AUGUGCGCCGCAUUUUUAGUUAAUCAUCCUGGGUGUCAAAUCACAGACCGAAAUUUAGGCCCUUUGUUUGGAGAAGCCUACAGCAGAGCAGCAACGGUUAAUAAUGCAUUAAAGGGCUUUAAGGCUUGUGGGAUAGAACCUUUUAAUCCUUUAAUAUUCGAUGACAGCGAUUUUGCUCCUGCAAUUACAACUGAGCGUGAAAACCCAUCAGAUGAAACUGAAGCUCCUAUAGAAAAAAGCCGUUCUGAUGGCCCAGAGAAAGUUGUCACAAGAAAACGAAACAUCGUAAAUUCCUCAUCUGAAGACGAUCAGGACGAUUCUAUUCCCUUGUCUGUAUUGAGCUACAAUAUAAAAUCUACAUCUACACCUGAGAAAAGGGGAGUUGCAGCCGAAAGUUCUUCAGGAAAAGUAUUUGAAACAGCAAAAGAAGCUGCGAAAAAAAAAAUUAUUUUCGAUAGACGAUCAGGCUGGAUCGAGUUGUUCAGACAAGACCCUGUGGGAUUUAAGAUCAAUUGCAACCUGUGA